AGCGAAAGGUACAGUGUUCGGCUUUUUUUGCUUGCAGAAAGACAUAUUUUUCAAAUAAGAAUCUAUUUAAGACCUCAAAGCCUUUUUCGUUUAUUUGGAAAGAGGAGGAAGAGACGUUUCAGUUUUGCGAAUACUAUAUUUCGAAAUUAUUGAAAAUGAAUUCAGUGCAGUCUUCUGAUCUUAAAAAUGGCAAGAUUUAUAGUCACGCUGUUGAUGAAUUCUUAAAGAAAAAUUAUCUGCUUAUACGUAAGGAUGAAUACAUCGAAUUCCCAAAUACCUGUGGCCUCUGCUUCAAAGUUAUGACAAUGUAUGCUAUAGGUAUAUGUAAUCACCCGAUUUGCCUCGAGUGUUCUGUUCGCAUGAGAUUACUUCACAAUAAACUAUUCUGCGCUAUAUGUCAAACUUUUCUACCGAGAGUAAUAUGUUCGUCAAUCAAGUUACUAUAUCAAAAAUUGGAAAUUAUUUUUCAGCGUGAAAACUUAUGCUACCAAAUGCGCGGAAUUGGUUUUUAUAACGUUGCUGUCGAAAGAGAGUUUUACCAUUUAAUAGAAAACUCUUGCUCUUACUGCAAUGUUUUGCCAUUCAACAAUAUAUCUUUUCUAGAUAAGCAUCUCUAUGAGGUGCAUAGCUUAAUAGUUUGUAUUUUAUGCGUUACUCAUCUGAAGAAGUUUCCGUCUGAGCGUCAGGUUUACACCAAAGCCUCCUUGGAGCAACAUUGGAUAGAGAAUCAUCCCCGUUGCAAUUUGUGCUUAAUUCGAUUCUUUGAUAACAGUGAACUCUUCUUUCACAUGAAGCGUACUCAUUACUGGUGUCAUAUUUGUGUGAAGACAAGCAAUUUUUAUCAAAGCUAUGCUGAACUGCAAAAACAUGUUAGCGAACAGCAUCUUAUAAACAUCUGCGGAAAUUGCGUUCAGAACCAGUUUAAUAACUGUUUCAACAAAGGACGUUAUUAUCAAACAAAUUCAGUAGAAUCACAUAAGAUACAGUCGAAGGAAACUAAGGAAGUGCUGUGCGGCACGGAAGUAGCAAGCAUACUUAAGCAGCAGGAAAAUAAUACAGAGCACAAUAAUUCCUUAAUUGCAAAAGAAAACAUCAAUUAUGCCAACAAAUCAAUUGCGUCGCUAAUUCCAUUUCCUGAUCUUCAACAAAUCUUGCAAAGUAAAAAUAGUAAUUCAUUUGCUUUUUUGAAAAAUAGAAGUGUUGAAACUAUGACAAUGCCUCAACUCCAAAACUCUAUUGUUGAUGAAGAUUACAAAGACAAGGGUGCUCCUCUUACUACAGUGAGCAGUUUAAAUACAGAUAAUAUUCCUGAAGAAUAUUUCAGCACUGCUACUACUUCCAGACCAUUGUCAUCAUUUUAUAAAUCAUUAUACCCAACUUACACUAAAAGACAAUCUAAGGCAACUGCUUACCCGACUGCUAAACAGGUUUACUGUAAAACUAUUGAUCAAGCAACUAGCACUAGUAACAACCAUAACAAGAAUGAAAAGAUCAUUUCUGCUAAUUUGGAUCUUGGUAGUGCUGAUAAUGAAAUAAAAAAUUUAAAUGAAGAGUCAAAUAUGGGAUUUACAAGAACAAAUACAUUUAAUAAGUUAUCACCAUUACAAAGUCAUGUCGUUGAUAAAUUUUGCGAUAAUAUUGUCAAUUCAAAUUUUCCAGAUUUUCCUCCACAACGCUUUCAAAAUUCUGUAAACAAGCAAACACAAACUGACCCGACAAUGUUGAAAUUUACACCCUCACGGAUUUCUUCAACUUUUAUAUGUCAAAACAAUUCUGGAACGAAUCAAGAAAAUAUACAAAAUUAUAAGAAACCAGUUCCCAAGUUCACAGAAACUGAUUUUCCAAGUUUUUACUCUGAAAACAAAUCUCCAAACUCAUUCAAAAAAAAAUAA